CUUCAUCUGCGAGGGCUCGGCACAGUCGGACGCGGUCAACCUGUUGCCUAGUCUGAUUUCUCUUGGUAAGUUUGCAGCCUGGGCGUGGGUGCUCAGGGCUCUGUGUUCAUUGAGGCCCUUCAGGGAGGGGACCUUGGCUAGGGACAAGUGCGCCUGGGAGUCCGCAUGGGCGCCCCCCGGGCCUGGGCGCGCGGGCUCGGAGAGGCUCCUGAACUAGGGGAGAAUGCGGUCGGCCACACACGGAUUCGCGACCCCGGCAGUUCCUUGAGCCACAUCCAGCACCUUUAGCAAGCAGUCCAUCUCCGUCCAUCCCACCCUGCCAAGGUCCGAGUCACUCCAGAAGCUGAGCAGCCAUGACCUUUGCUGAGGACAAGACCUAUAAGUAUAUCCGAGACAACCACAGCAAGUUUUGCUGUGUGGAUGUCCUGGAGAUCCUGCCUUACCUGUCCUGCCUCACAGCUAGUGACCAGGAUCGACUGCGGGCUUCCUACAGGCAGAUCGGGAACCGGGACACACUCUGGGAACUCUUCAAUAAUCUCCAGCGUCGCCUUGGCUGGGUGGAGGUCUUCAUCCGGGCACUGCAGAUCUGUGAGCUGCCUGGGCUGGCUGAUCAAGUGACUCGAGUUUAUCAGAGCUACCUGCCUCCUGGGACCUCACUCCGCUCCCUAGAACCACUGCAGUUACCAGCCGUUCCUGCCACGGUUUCUAGACCUUCUGCAUUUGCACCAGGCCACAACAUCCCUGACAAUGGCUUAGGAGAGAUACCAAGUUGGCCCAAGCCUGUCCAGGACACCCAGCCACCAGAGUCCCCAGUAGAGAAUUCAGAGCAACUACCACAGGCCAACUUCGGGGCCGUUGCGAGGAUGUCUGGUGGCUCUUUGAUACCCUCUCCUAACCAGCAGGCUCUCAGCCCUCAGCCCUCCAGAGACCAUCACGAGCAAGAACCAGAACUGGGUGGUGCCUACGCAGCAAAUGUUGACUCUGUUCCCUUAGCAACCUAUGGACCUGUGUCUCCAACGGUUUCCUUCCAGCCCCUUCCACGUACUGCCCUGAGGACAAACCUCUUGUCUGGGGUCACAGUAUCAGUAUCUGCUGAUACCCCUUUGUCCUCGUCCACUGGAUCUGCUUUUGCAAAGGGAGCUGGUGACCAGGCCAAAGCUGCCGCCGGUUUGAGCACUACACUCACCAAUUCUGCGACUGCCAGCUCAGCGCCUUCUCUCAGAUUGGUAAAGACCACAUCUUCCAAGUUGCCCCUCAGCUCAAAGUCCAUGGCUGCGACCUCUACUGUGCACACUGAUACAGCGCCAUCAAAGUUACCCAGCAACUCAGCGUAUUCGGGCACAAUGCCAUCCAGAGUGCCUGCUAGUGUGGCCAAAUCACCUGCCAACAUAGUACAACCUGAGAGGAACAGCAAGCACCCCAAGGAGACCCUGGAGACUCCAGCAACCAAAGUCACCACUGGAGGCAACCAGACUGGACCAGAUAGCAGUAUCAGGAGCUUACACUCUGGACCAGAGAUGAGCAAGCCAGGUGUGCUGGUAUCCCAGCCAUUCUCAGUUUGCUCUGUGGACCUUGCCAUCAGCCCUAGCAGCUCCUUGGUCUCAGAGCCCAACCACGGUCCAGAGGAGAAUGAGUAUUCAUCCUUUAGAAUCCAGGUGGACGAAAGCCCCAGUGCUGAUCUAUUAGGAAGCCCUGAGCCACUAGCCACCCAGCAGCCCCAAGAAGAGGAAGAGCAUUAUGCCAGUUCAGUGUCCUGGGCUAAGUGGCUUGGGGCCACCAGUGCACUCUUGGCUGCGUUCCUGGCAGUGAUGCUGUACCGUAGUAGGCGCCUGGCCCAGUGACACCUCAGCUGUAGGCUGCUCUCUUGCUCAGUUCUGCCAAGCAUGUUCUCUAGGCUUGGGCUGGUAGAGGCUGCAUCAGAGAAACUUAAAUAUGGCGAGGUCCACGGAGCUAUCCGGGUGGAUAGCUGCACCAAGACGCCACCAGUGUUGGGUGGGGGAGGGACAUUGUUUUAUCCUGGUUCAUGUUGUCUUCUGGUCUUCAGCUUUUGGAGGCACUGUGUUACCUCCAUUGCUCCUGACCUGCCCACGAGGCAGUGUAAGAUUUCAUGUUCUGUGCUCCUAAGGAGGUAUCCCCGGCAGCCUCAUCCCUGUUGGCCCAAGUCUGAAGAUGAGGAGGUAUCACACUGUUGACAAUGCCCCUCAUUUCACCCAGGUCUUCUGAAACACAAGCGUAGGUACAUUGAUGAGUGCUCCCAUAGCAUCUUACACCUUCCACCGGCAGCUGGUCUAAAGCCUUGGCAGGAGAGCCUGGGAGCAGCAGAGUGGCUGGUCUCUAGGGAGCUUUGAGUGCCCUGCCCCUUUGGGCCCUCUCUACAGCCAGUCAACCCCGAGGGUGGGUCUGGAGGUUCUCUGUGGACUCUAAGAAGGCCAGAAGCAACGGCCAGGCCUGAGGAAGCUCCUGAGAGGGAGCCUUUCUCCAACCUCCUUAUCCCUCUUCACUUCUGCACUCCUGGUCUCCAUUCUCUUUCUAUACUGGAUGAUGAGGUACCUAGUGGGCAGAACUCAGGUUGAGCUUGCAUCAGUUCCACCCUUCCUCUGGCCUUUGCAGAUGUCCAGCUUCUCUAGUUCCCAGUGUAGACAGUGGACAGCUCUUUUACUGGGCUCCUCUGAGAUUGAAGGAUGCAGAUACUUGCCUAGUGCCUAUCCCAGAGGGUGUGAGGACAAGUUCUUGCCCUCCUGCCCAGGCUGGUUGAGCUAAGGCGAGAGUGUGAGGCAGAGUGCAUAGUGGUAAUUGCAGCCUUUGAGAGAGAAGCCUUCACCUCUCCAUCAUGCUUCUGUCUCCUCCCUGGUCAGGUGUAGGCCUCACCUCUGUGCCUCACUUUUCUUACCUGUGAGAUGGGGUCAAUGUGUGUGUGUGU